AUGCUGCUGAAUCUUGGUCUUACAGCGGACGCCGCAGCAGCCCACACCAACGAUCUUAGCGUCGACCCAGAAACGCCACCCGCGCAAUCUACGUCGUACUAUUCCCAGGCUUUCUCUUUGUCUUCACUGCUUUUUCUUGGUGGUCUCUAUAGCACCAAGCAAGCCGAUGGUCCUUCUCAGCCACCUGGGGUCAUAUCCAGUGUGGCCAUGAGCCCUACCUCCUCGACAGAGGGUGAAACCUCGCAAGACCCAUCUGUUCUCGCAAAAACUCGUGCAUCUACCCCUCAAGCAACCCGCAAGUCUACCCGGACAAAGACGGCAUACCAACUUGCUCACCCAGCUCAUCAUGCUCGUCAUAAACGAUUGAAGUUGCGCCCAAAGCUGCUUCUGCAACUGCAGCAAAUUUCACGAACACCUCGUCCUCUUCCUAUUCUUGAUAUAUUACCAUCAACUGUCUACCUACCUCGACUAGCGCGGAAGUUCCCUACCAAAUUUCGUGGAAGAAACGGACUUGGUCCCUAUGAUCUGAUAAUUGUCAUGAGUGAGCUAUACGAACGUUCUAUGACCAGUGGCCCGGAACAACCACCCCAUACGGAUGAUGAUGAAGAUCAACGAGAAGUGGUGGCCACUAUUUGUCAGAUGCUUCAAGAGGAUGCCCGCCAGAAAGGUAAAGCAGAGAUAUGCUUAAAUUUUGGGCCCGUCUGGGAAGCCACACCACUUCCGAGUGGUUCAUACGAAUUCGUAGCACAAACUGACCAGGGGGUACGAGUCAUGCGCUGGGCUAUGCGGGAAAAGAAUCGCCGCAUGUCCGCACCCCAAGGGAUACCAACAGGCGACGAUACCAAGCGAUUUACCUUUAGCGUGAUCGACCCCACCACUCGUCGACACCCGGUCAUCGCUUCCAUGACUCGGAAUCAGCUGGAGGUGUUCGACACAUACUCGCCCGUCGUCCGGUCCGGUAACGGUAGCACCACUCCGAGCUCCAACGUGUCCGUAAUCAGCGAUGUUUCCGAUGACGCACCUUGCGAGGCUAAUAUGAUCACGUUGGAUGAUGGAAUGCGGACACUGAUCAUCGUCACUGGAAUAUGGGUGGCUUUUCGCGAAGGCUGGUCUAACAAUUUCAGCUACGGAGAUGCAGUAUCUUCCUCUACGAAAAGUCCGACCUCCCCAGCGUCCUCCAAGCCGUGCUCAAUUGCUGCAAGUGCCGACCGGGUUGAUGUGAAUCAAUUGCAAGAGAGGAGCAACGACACCAGAUCAAGCGUACCCAAGUCGAUUUCCCGACGCUCUAUUACCAUGGGCACCCUGACUGCCAACGACACCAUGGGCUACGGGAGUCUCACACGACGUUCAAACUCGACAGGAGCUGCUUUCAUGGAAAAGGUUAAAAGAAGAAGUUCAUCUGCCGCCGGCCGCGGCCGAGUCAACCGCCAUAGUCUGUUGAAUGGCGUGGGGGACACAGGAUACGAAAUUGUUGUUCCUCGACCAGCGUCUAUACCACGGAAUCCCACCGAUCUCGAAGAAACCAUCAAGCAACCGACACCGCAGGCUCAACCUGCAGCUGUGCGCGCUCCAGAUACUCCAAAAUCGAAACCAGAAAAGCCAAGCCAUCUCCCAAUCCCUUCUUCGGGGCCUAACCUGGUUUGGGAGGAGGAUGACUUGAAAGACUCCAAAAAUCUCAACCCCAACAUCAAGAGAAGCAAAACGCGCCACCGGCUCAGCGCCAUGUUCACUAGGUUCCAUCGAAAACAAGAGGCGCAUUGA